AAGCGAUUCAUUCAUCAACUGUACAUUCUCUCCCUCUCUCUCUCUCUCUCUCAACUUUCGAUUUGAGCUCUGAACUUGUUCGUUGUUCUUCGUUAAAUUUUGUCAAGUUUCGCUAGUAAACAAACCUGUUUGAAUCACGAUCAUGGACGGUACUCUCUCUCUCUCAGUAGUUACACACAUCUAUGCAAAGUGACAAUUUGAAGGAUGUAGUGAUCUAAUGGAUGACACAGUAGAUACGUGUUAUGCCCAGACCCUUCCGAUAUUUCAGAAAAUUGAAUAUCUGAGCAACAAAGUACAGAACAUCAGGAAGGAUCAUACACUUCUUAGCAAUGAAGUGAAGGGCCUCGGUGUUGAUUGUUUACUAGGUUCGGAAGCUUUUACCGCACUUCAGAAACUUAGCAAAGAACAUGAACUACUGAAAAAUACGUACCAUGAAGAGUGUGAAGUGCUGAAAAAGAAGUAUCUCGAAGAAUGCUCAGAAAGAAAGCGGUUCUACAAUGAAGUGAUUGAGCUCAAAGGAAAUAUUAGGGUCUUUUGUAGGUGUAAGCCACUAAAACAAGAUGAGAUUGCAAAUGGGUCCACAUCAGUUGUUGACUUUGACUCAUCCAGGGAAAAUGAACUACAAAUAGUUUGUCUUGAUUCUUCCAAAAAGCAAUUCAAGUUUGAUCACGUAUUUAGACCCGAGGACGACCAAGAAGCUGUUUUUGUUCAAACUAUGCCCAUAGUGACCUCUGUCCUGGAUGGUUACAACGUGUGCAUAUUAGCCUAUGGGCAAACUGGUACUGGCAAGACAUAUACCAUGGAAGGAACACCAGAAAAUAGAGGGGUAAACUACAGGACUUUGGAGGAACUUUUCAGAGCUUCUAAUGAAAGGAGAAGUAUUAUGACGUUUGAGAUAUCUGUCAGCAUGUUAGAGGUGUACAAUGAAAAGAUAAAGGAUCUCCUAGUUGAGAACUCCAAUCAACCUGCUGCGAAGUUGGAGAUAAAGCAAUCAUUUGAGGGUACUCAGGAAGUCCCUGGACUCGUUGAAGCUCGUGUAUAUAGUACAGAUGAAGUUUGGGAACUUCUCAAAUCAGGGAGCCAAGUAAGAUCUGUUGGAUUCACCAAUGCGAAUGAAUUCAGCAGUCGAUCUCACUGCUUACUGAGAGUGACUGUUGUGGCAGAGAAUUUAGUAACUGGGCAGAGGACUAAGAGCCAUUUAUGGCUGGUUGACUUGGCAGGAAGUGAGCGUGUAGGAAGGAUUGAAGUUGAAGGGGAAAGGUUAAAGGAAUCUCAGUUUAUCAAUAAAUCAUUGUCGGCAUUAGGGGAUGUUAUCUCGGCUCUUGCAUCCAAAGCCUCUCACAUUCCAUUCAGGAACUCAAAACUCACCCAUAUCCUGCAGAGUUCUCUAGGAAGAGAUUGCAAGACACUGAUGUUUGUCCAGAUCAGCCCAAAUUUGGCUGACUUAGGAGAAACCCUUUGCUCAUUGAAUUUUGCAAGUCGCGUACGACGAGUUGAGCAUGGACCUGCUCGCAAACAGACAGAUCAUGCUGAGAUUCUCAAGUACAGGCAGUUGGCGGAAAAAGCAAAGCAUGAAGAGAAGGAAAUGAAGAAGUUGCAGGACAGCUUGAAGUCUGCGCAAUUAAGGCUUGCUGCCAGAGAGCUUACGUGCAGGAGUCUUCAAGAAAAGGUUCAUGAUCUUGAGAAUCAAUUAGCAGACGAAAGAAAAACAAGACUAAAACGAGAAUGUAGAGCUUUGGCCUAUGUUUCUACUCAGUCCUCAGCAUUACCAUUUCUAAGCCAAGAAGAAAAGAAAAAACCUCCUUUAGCUCCUGCAAAAUUGAGGUUGCCACUUCGAAGAAUUACAAAUUUUAUGCCCCUGCAGUCUCCUUUUCCCCCCAAAAAGAAGGGCCAGUCUAAUCUCAGAGUUGUGGAUAAGGACAAAGAAAAUGCAUCAAGAAUCCUUGGAAACAAGGCAAAAGCAAUUUUUGUACCAAGACCAGGUUCCAUUGCUUCAGCAACGAGUCAGGCUUUUCAGCAGAAAAGAAGGGCUUCCAUUGCAACCCUUCUCCUUGAGUCCAAUUCAAAGAUGACAACUCCACUACAAGGCUCUACAGCUCGAUUAAGCAACAACCAUGGUAUGGGACGGCAAACAUUUGUCUGGUUAUACGGUGAAAGCAACACCUAUCGUCCCUAGAAGUAGUAAAUUUAGGAGGAGUCCUCCUUCACAGGCUGGUUCAUGGAAGCCCAAGCAUCCAACUGUUGUAGCAUUCCAAAAGAAACAGUUGAGGUUAACAUCCAGUUGUACAGUGGAAGCAACUCCAGUUGGCCCCAGAAGAAAUAAAUUUAGGGGAAGUCCUCCUUCACAGGCAGGUUCGUGGAAGCCCAAGCAUCCAACAGUUGUUGCCCUUCAAAAGAAACAAUUGGUGUGGAGUCCACUCACGUUGAGAGGCAUCAAGGAAAAUAGUAGAAAGUCGUUAUUGUCCACUUGAAAUGACAGCCUUUAACUUAUGUACAUUCUCUUCUGUAAGCAUCAUAGCAUGCUUAUUUGCUUUCUUUGUGUCCUGCUGUUGUUGAUUCUCUUUCUACUGAAAAUUGCCAAAUGCCAACGCUUGUGGUUGUAGUCAUAUUGCAGUGCCAUACUUGGCUGGUAGGUAGUUGUGAAAAGCAGUUAUUUUACUUGGAAUUUUUUUAUGCAGUAAAUCUGUUUAUUUCUAUACUUUGUUGUGCAGAAAUUAUAAUACAAGUCAUUUUCAACCUUUAA